AGCAGAGAACUGGAUAUAUUCGCUUGUAUGGCAACUGCACAAGAACUGGAUAUAAUAAGAAAACCAAAAAUGCAAAAUGCAUCGAACAGUAAUUUGCGCCAGCCUGUGACAGUCAUAAAGAAAAAAUCGGGUCCGUUAGAUAGUGUGAUUGAUGAAUUGCAACAAGUCGAAGAAAGUGGGCGCCACGCAAAUGUUAAUCAACAUCCGACAUCAACGGUUGUGUCGACUGGACGUCGACGAUUCCAGUCGAAAGAGAAGGAUAAAAAACGCGAACGUUGGCUAUUGACACGAAAAACUUGGCGAUAUAUGACCGAUGCUGGUCGCAAAUUGUUGCCAGAGGGCAAGACAAUCCAUGGCGUAGAUAGUAUAUCCCAUAUAGAGGAGCAAUUCCAGCGUGUCUGUGCGUCGGAGCCUCGAUUUAUAUUGUGGCGACGGAAAUCCUCGUUUCCAGGUGCCACAAAAAGCUGUUCCAAGCGGCGUCUUAAGAUACUCUCCCAACAUCGAGGCAAUAAUUAUGCUGCACAAGUCCAUCAACGAACUCAAGAAUUGAAUGAGAAUGUAGAUGUAACUAUAGAAAUUUUACAAUCCUAUCUCAAAAUUCGGGAUUCGUAUAAGACAACAACAUUACUGGGCACAAAAACCGUCCGUCCAGACCAAACAUCUUCUCCGAGUUCCCAGCGACCCAACUAUGAGAAUAAGAUCUUAAAUUCAAAUGGUUUGAAUGUGACUAAUCCGAACUAUGAAUUAGUGCUAUUAGAACGCUUGAAAUUCUUACAAAACUCAUCAUUAUGCAGCAUAAAACUGUAUACUGAUAAUAUAACGCCAGCAAUUCUUGAAGAUAAGGCUUUAUUAAAAAAGAUUUAUAAUGUGCUAAAGAAACAGCAAUUACAUCGUAUUUUACAUUCCACUGAGCCAACAUCGAGCAAAGCUAAUUUAGCCAGAUCUACCUCAUAUUCGAGCCUUCUGUAUAACAAUACAAGUAACAGCUGUUAUGACAUCGCCUCAAAUUAUAUGUCGUAUUUGGAUGAUACUGUUCAGAUGAUUCAAAAGACCAAAUCGAUUGAGUCAUCAAAUGCAGUUAAGCGCAUACAAAAGCCACCGGAAACACUUGAACUAAGGCGCGGAAGUACUAAGAAUUUGGAAACAAAUAUUCUUGAUAAAAAUCCUAAUCGGGGAUUACGUGAUAAGUUCCUCAUGUUGAAUUCAUGUGGAACGCAAACGAAUUUCGUACAAUUAUCUGAAUUAAAAUUAAUUGCGGAACAAUAUGAGCAAAUGUUGAACGAAAUUAGUUAUAAUAAUAAUUCAGAAAAUGACGAAGCCGAUAAAACGCAGUUAAGCAAGCAUAUUGCCAACCAUAGACGUAGCUCGAUUGACAAUGUAGAUGUCUCUCAAUCCGUUAGCGAUACGAUAAAACGUUAUUUGCGUAUGGCACGCAAGAAGAAUUUGCAUGAUGGGGAUGAGAAUCGCUUUAAGUCUGUCAAUUAUGAUCGAAAUUUACGUAAUAUUAAGGCAAAAGGUGAAAUCAACCCACCUGGCCUGGAUGAGGGCAAUAAUAAGGCAGUACAAACUUUGGAUGCAUGGGCUCAAGUUGCCUUGGACUAUAUCCGCGGCAACGAAAAUUCAAUAAAUUUACAUAAUGCACACAUUGCCUGGCAAAAGGAUUUAGAUGAGCGUAUACGGAAGAAAAAUGAGUGGGAUAAGCAAUUUCAAGAGCGCAACACGGAUGAACAACCAUCAUCAUCAACCAAAGGAGAAAAGUGGAAGAACGGCUAG